AAAAAAAGAGAAACAAACAACUUUUUAAAAAACAACGGGCCCUUCUCUUUACAUCUGGGGACGGCGCCUAGCCCUUAAAAAAAAAACACCAAACCGCUCCAAACCCCCCAUACAUAAAAUACAAGCGCCCCUCUCUUUUUAAAACAGAAAACAAGGAUGCUAGUCCCUCGGAAGAAGGGGUCUGAGAGAUGAUCCCAAGACGCCCGGUUUCCGAACCGCUGCCUCCUCUCUCUCGAAAAAGAAAAUAAGCUGAAGCAGCAGCAAGAACUUGGUGGGACUUAAAAAUCGGGUGGUGUGUGUGUGUUUUUAAGCACCCCCUCCCUCUUUCUGUCUCUCUCUCUCUCUCUCUGUUUUCCCUUCUCGCCACCCGCCUCGGCUUCCUGUUGGCAUCCACGCGCCGCUUCUCCGCUCUGGUCAAUUUCAUCUGGGUGAUGGAUGAGUUCCAUCCCUUCAUUGAGGCCCUCCUGCCCCACGUGCGAGCUUUUGCGUACACCUGGUUCAACCUCCAGGCCCGGAAGCGCAAGUACUUCAAGAAGCACGAGAAGCGCAUGACCAAGGACGAGGAGCGGGCCGUCAAGGACGAGCUGCUGAACGAGAAGCCGGAGGUCAAGCAGAAGUGGGCCUCCCGCCUCUUGGCCAAGUUGCGGAAGGACAUCCGGCCGGAGUGCCGCGAGGACUUCGUCCUCUCCAUCACGGGGAAGAAGCCCUCCUGCUGCGUCCUCUCGAACCCAGACCAGAAGGGCAAGAUGCGCCGGAUUGACUGCCUCCGCCAGGCCGAUAAAGUCUGGCGGCUGGACCUUGUGAUGGUCAUCCUGUUUAAGGGAAUCCCUUUGGAGAGCACCGACGGGGAGCGCCUGGUGAAGGCCGCCCAGUGCACCAACCCAGUCCUCUGCGUCCAGCCCCACCAUAUCAGUGUGUCGGUCAAGGAGCUUGAUCUCUACUUGGCCUAUUUCGUCCGCGAGAGAGAUUCGGAUCAAAGCAGUAGUCCAAGGACGGGCAUCGCUUCCGAUCAAGAAGACAGUAAACCGAUCAUCACGCUGGAUGCCACCGAUUUCCAAGAGAAUUUUGUCACGUCGGGAGUCUUCAGCGUCACCGAGCUAAUCCAGGUUUCCCGGACACCAGUUGUGACCGGCACAGGGCCAAAUUUCUCCCUCGGCGAGUUGCAGGGGCAUCUUGCCUACGAUUUGAACCCCUCGAGUACGGGGAUGAGGCGGACGCUUCCCAGCACGUCUUCCAGCGGGAGUAAACGGCAUAAGUCCGGGUCCAUAGAGGACGAUUUGGAAGCCAGCCCGGGAGGCGAAUACUAUACAUCCCCGAGUUCCCCCACAAGUAGCAGCCGCAACUGGACAGAAGACAUGGAAGGGGGCAUCUCCCCGACGGUGAAAAAGACAGAAAUGGACAAGUCUCCUUUCAACAGCCCUUCACCGCAGGACACGUCCCCUCGGCUCAGCUUCACCCAGCACCACCGUCCGGUCAUUGCCGUACACAGUGGUAUUGCCCGAAGUCCCCACCCGUCUUCCGCGCUGCACUUCCCCACCACCUCGAUCCUGCCCCAGACAGCGUCCACCUACUUCCCGCACACAGCCAUACGGUACCCGCCUCACCUGAACCCCCAGGAUCCCCUGAAGGACCUCGUCUCGUUGGCCUGCGACCCGUCCAGUCAACAGCCAGGACCGGGGGAAAAUCUUGGCACCUUCCUCAGAAAUGAACUGAAACAAGAGCCUCACCCGUUUGCGUUGGCCUUACUCUGUAAGCACAGCUGUUCACAAUAUGGAGAAGAUCGCGCUCUAUCGGUUGGACAGACUUGGGUUAAAGUCGAACCAGUGUGUGAGGAGGGAAAAGGCAACCCUAACUCAUCUUUGGCAGAGACGAACACACAGGCACUUGAAAGAUUAAAUGGAGGUGGUCAAGUGAAGGUACCUGGGCACUACCUUUCCACCCAGAUGUUGGCGCCGCCACCCCCGGGCAUGCCCCGCCUGGCCAUCUCUCCCGACACCAAAUCUACCACGACCGCGUCCGAGGGAGGGAGCACUUCACCGACGUCUCCCACCUACUCCGCGCCAGGCACACCCCCUGCGAACCGCUUCGUGGGAUUAGCGCCACGCGACCCAGGCAGCAUCUAUCAGGCGCAGUCGUGGUAUCUAGGUUAACCGCAGCUUCCACCUGUACCGACACCUCUUCUUCCUCCUCCUCCCCCCCCCCACCGGGCUUUGGGUUUCAUUUAACGAGAACGCCACAGCCCCCCGACCACCACCCCCCGGCCCGAAUCUUGGUGGCGUCGAGAAGAAAGAAAGGAAAAGGAAGGGCGAGAAGAGAAAACACUGAAGGAUACCCCAAAAGGACAGAGAAGGGGGAGUUACAAAAAAAAUUUUUUGGAGGGGGGGAAGGUUAAAAACAAAGCAAACAAAGUGCCCCACCCACCGACCCAACCGAGCAGCGAACGGCCCCGAUGGAGCGAAACCCGGGUGGCUAAAUGGGGCUUUUUGGCCCGGCAGGGAAGACGACAUCGACCCAUUUGCCUUGGUGGCUCCUGAUCGGCCGAAAUCCCACAUCCAUGGUGGUGGUCUCGAAAAAGGAUGUAUAUGCAAGCUUUCCCAAUCUCAUCUCCCGUGAGUAGAGAAGAGCGAGAGAGGUCGGGGUUCACCAGGUCCCCAGUGGACGCCCCCCCGCUGUUUUCUGUGCCCGAGUCCCUUCCUUCCCCCCCCUCCACCGCAUCUUUGGCGACCAACAGACUGCGCCGUCCGGCUGUCCAAAAACUGAUCACCUGGUUCAGCAGAAGUCUACCUUGAGAUGUAGAGUUAGAAAAAUGCCCUAAGAGGAAGAAAGAGAGAAAUCGAUGUCCAGCACCUUUUAAGCGGUCUCCCUGACCCCCUGGAAAACAAGAAAAUGGUCUACGCUUCGCUUUCUUAAGAGGGGGGCUUUGCUGAACCCGGAUCCUUGCUGACGUAAACGAGACCUCUUGGGUGGGGGAAGCUCCCAUUUUGGGGGGGUUUGUUUGAUUUUUUUUUAAAGCAGAAAUCUUCCUUCUUUCCAGGAAUGUUUUGCACUUUUCAUCUCAAAAGGAUGGGUUCUUCGGAAAGGGGGGAGGAACAGAACCACGGCGGGUUGGGGGGGAGUUCGGCCCAGCGACGGAGGGCUCAGACCACCUCUAAUUAAGGUUCAUUGGCGAAGUGCAAUCCGGGGUCUUGGAAGGAGUUGGUCAGGCGGCGUUCACAUGGAAACUUGAGUUUUGUUGAGUUGGCAUGGACCAAGAAGGGGAGAUUGAGAAUUGGGGGGGAGGGUUGACCAUCCUUUGACGGCGGUGUUGAGGAUCAGUUUGCGAUUAUGCUGCAUUUAAGCAGCAGGGGUCUCCCCCCCCCUCCAUCCGCCAUGCUGUUAACCUUUGCCUUAAAGCUGGGCAGGCUUUCCUUGCUCCGUUGAGUCUGGGUUGCGUAAAGGGGGGAUUAAACUUGGACAGGCGAUGGUGAGGGGCACAGCAUUGACACCCCUCUAAAAAACGUCUUCCUCUCCACCUUUAAACAUCCUUUGAAACACCAGAAGCCAGUUGGGUGAGGAUCUGUGCCAUGGCAUCUCUGAUCGGG